CUCUCUGUUCUGAUAUUUUUAUAUUCACGGAUAUAAAACAAUGGGUCACAAAGUAUCCCGAGAGAAAGUGAACGUGGUAGUUAGCCUGCGGGAAAGCCUGUGCAGGCUGGACACCCUCAAGGUGUCCUACAGGGGCCGGGGAUGCCUCAAGAGGCGACGGGAGAUCGCCUGCUUUACCUUCCCCGUGACCGGCUGGUGGUGCGCCGAGGGGAUAGCGGCGUGUGAGGCCGAGGGCGGCCUGCGCGUGCCCUUGGCCGCGCUCAAGCAAAAGGACGGCAGUAGGACCGUCCAGCUACGAUGCAGUUCCGGCAGGAAGACCCUGCUGAAGGGAUCGAUGAGUCUGGAAAGGUUCCUCGAUAACAUCGAGUUCCUGCACUUUUCGUUAUUCUGUGACAGCCAAGACCCAAGCGUGGCGUACACCAGCAUGAGGUGCAACGGGCGCCGCUGCGAUGAGGCUGCGCGGCCCCCAGUGUGUCACCAGGAAAAGGGCGUGAAAGAGGCCAGUAACCCCGCCCAAGACUCAACUACUCAGGCAGGUAAUGGAAGCGCCAUCACCAAAGUCUCCACUACUGAGACAGGUGAUGAAAGCGCCAUCACCCAAGCCUCAACUACUCAGGCAGCUGAUGCUGGAGUCAUCACCAAAGUCUCCACUACUGAGACAGGUGAUGGAAGCGUCAUCAUCACCAAAGUCUCCACUACUGAGACAGGUGAUGGAAGCGCCAUCACCAAAGUCUCCACUACUGAGACAGGUGAUGGAAGCGCCAUCACCAAAGUCUCCACUACUGAGACAGGUGAUGGAAGCGCCAUCACCAAAGUCUCCACUACCCAGGCAGGUGAUGCUGGAGUCAUCACCAAAGCCUCAACGAACUGUGAGACCAAUGUUGUGAGUCCACCCCGCGGCACGACCAAGAACUCCACCAGCAAGACUCUCCGCCGCCGGAAGACCAAGAAGCCCAAAUGUCGCCCCCGAGGUACAGACACCGUGACUCCCGAGAGACACAGCGCGCCUUACACAUGGACGGACGCAUUUAUGGACGGCACGGCGAUCUGUAGCGUGGUCCUGUCCUGCGUCCUGUUGUACUGGACUGACUGGGGACGCGCCGCCACGCCCACCUGGAGGCCCUGAUGAGAACGGACCAUUAUCUCUUAUCUCUUUCU